CCCAGCAGAGUCAUUCUGUUCCAGAGCUAGAGCAGUCCCUUGGGGUUAUAGAACAGGGCAGCCUGCAUUAUAGAGGAAGCAGCCAGAGAAAAGUAGUUAAAAGUUUACAGGAGCAGGAGGAGGAGGCGAGGGGUAGGGGGAAAGGACUGAAGGUGCUGCCAAGGGGAGGAAGAGCAGAGCAUCCAGCCGCUAAUCAGGACAGGCGAGGAGGACUCUGAAAACUAAAGGAAGGAGAGACUGCUCUCGCAGAACACCUAAGAGGAAACAAAGGAAGAGAACAGGGCUGCACUAUGAGCGACCAUGAGAAGCUGAAAGACGAUGCCCCCUAUGCUCCGCAUCCACCCCCCUACUCUGAAAAACAGCCCCACAGAGAGCUAGAUCCGACUAAACCUCUGGUUGGACCAGCACCCAGCCUGAGCAACAGGCAACCGAUCCCUGUGCCAUCCCAGUACCAACAUUAUGGUGCAGUUGGCGCAGGAUCCUACCAAGAUCCCAUCCUUCAACCUCCGCAGAUCACUGUCAUCAGACGUGGCCCGCCCACCCAUGAACCUGACUACCUGCCCUACUCCAUCUUUACCAUGCUUUGCUGUUGCCUACCCCUGGGUAUCGCUGCCUUGGUUUACUCUAUACAGACUCGAGAAGCUAACCACAAUGGAGAUCUUGUGGCUGCUCAGCGAGCCUCCAGGGUGGCACGUACCUUGGCCAACACAGCCCUCGGGGUGGGGAUCAUCUGCACCAUUGCGUACAUCAUCAUACUGGCAUGCCUGUAUAGCCACAUAAAAAAUCAACCACCGCACAACUGAGGAUUCACUACACAGGAUUCAUGCCCUCCCUUCAUAGUUUCAGCCAGUCAAGAGGUGGCUCUGCAUGUGAUUGGCUCUGGUUCCACCUAGUGCUGGUCCUCCUGCCUUCCACCCCACCACUCCCAAUAAGCCCAAGCCACCACUGCAUGUUUUGUGUGUAUUUUCUGUGAACUGCUUUGGUUUUCCACCUUGGGAAAGGAAAGUGGGAUAAAUGCGUUUGAAAUAAAAUGAAUGAAUAAA